CAUCCCUUUAUCACAAACCACCACCAAUCUAAUAGUCGCCCAACUCAACUAGCGCUAUCAAUGUCUGGCAAGGGAAAAGCUGGCAAAUCUUCUGGCGGAAAGGCUGGCGGCGAAGGCAAGUCACAGUCGCGUUCUGCAAAAGCUGGCCUUCAGUUUCCUGUUGGCCGUGUCCAUCGUCUUUUGAAGAAAGGCAACUAUGCCCAACGUGUCGGCGCAGGCGCUCCAGUCUAUCUUGCGGCGGUUCUUGAGUACCUUGCUGCUGAGAUUCUCGAGCUUGCAGGCAAUGCCGCCCGUGAUAACAAGAAACAACGUAUUGUGCCCCGUCAUCUUCAGUUGGCCAUCCGAAACGAUGAAGAAUUGAACAAGCUCCUGGGUGACGUAGUUAUCUCGCAAGGAGGAGUGGUCCCCUUCAUCAACCCUGAAUUACUGCCUAGCAAAUCAAGCAAAGGCAAGAAGGAGGGUGCAAGCCAGGAGGCCUAAAUUUCUGUGGAUCACCUUUAUGUUCCUUUUACAAACUUUUUUUAUUGGAUUCGAUCUUCUUGUAGUAUCAUAUAUCCGGUCGUUUUUCAGAUGUAAUCCCUGGUGCCGAGGACCAUUGACGUCAGACGAUAUGUUUGUUUGUACUUGUUGAAUUUACAAGGUAGUCCAUGUUGCAGGCACUAUUUGA